AUGGCCGAAUCACUCAUUUUCGCCGUUGCAGAAUCACUGAUAGGGAAGCUCGCUUCUCAAGCUGUCGAACAAGCUUCUUUGGGGUUGGGUGUGUACCAUGAUCUGCAACAGAUGAAAAAGACCAUGGCACUGAUCAAAGCUUUCCUGUUAGACGCUGAGCAAAAGAAGCAGCAGAACAAUGCGUUGAGUGAGUGGCUGAGACAGAUUAAGCACGUGUUCGCGGACGCCGAAGACAUAGUUGACAAUUUUGAGUGCGAAGUGCUGCGGAAGCACGUUGUCAAGACUCAUGGCAGCUUCUGCAGGAAGGUACGUCGUUUGUUCUCAACUAGUAAUCCUGUGGUCUACCGUUUAAGAGUGGCGCGUGAGAUAAAAGGCAUCCAGAUGCAGCUAGAGAAGGUUGCAGCUGAUGGGCACAUGUUUGGACUUCAAAGCGGGGACAAGGAUACACCAGUUAUGCAUGCGAGGGAAAUGACUCAUUCACAUGUAAAUGCCUCAAAUGUUGUAGGGAGGGAACAUGAUAAGCAGAAAAUAAUAGAGCUUUUGCUGCAUGAUGGUGAAGACAGAAGUCUCUCCGUGGUUUCCAUUGUGGGAUUUGGAGGCUUGGGAAAGACCACGCUUGCAAAGUUGUUGUUCAAUGACACCGACAUUGACGAAUGUUUCCCUUUGAAGAUGUGGGUAUGUGUCUCUAAUGAUUUUGAACUUAGGAAUGUGCUUAUUAAAAUCCUUAAUUCUGCUCCUAACCCCCCCAAUGAAAAGUUCAAAAACUUAGAGACGGACCAACUUCAAAGUCGUUUGAGAAAUACACUUCAACGUCAGAAGUUCUUGCUAGUCCUAGACGACGUAUGGAACGAGAAUCGUGCUAAAUGGGAUGAGUUGAAGGAAAUCAUAGACGUAGGUGUUGAGGGGAGUAAAAUCCUAGUGACUACUCGAAGUCACUCAAUAGAUGCCAUUAUGCGCACUAAAUCCUUUAACUCUUACAUUCUAAAAGGCCUUUCUGAAGAGGAUUCCUUGUCUCUAUUUCUCAAAUCGGCUUUUGAUGAUGGAGAAGGGAAAAAGCAUCCAGAGUGUGAGAACAAAGUCCCACAUCUGUGGGUACUUCAAAGGGGGUAUGGGUGA